CAGUCAUAUCCAAACCAAAUUUCUCUCUCCUUCUCCCCAUCUUCAAAUGUCAUUCAACUCUCUUUCUUUUCCAUUUCAAACUACUUUCAGUUUACACGGAUUCCCCAAUCCAACUCCAACCCACCUUCAUUUCUCUCUUCCCCAUCUUCUUCUAAUCGCUUUCUUUUUCUCCUUCUGCUCAACUCUGCCGUUUUUGCAACUUCCUCUGCUGCAGCUUUCUGGGUUUCGUUCUUAUGCAGCUUCUUUCCCGCCAUUUCUUCCUCCUGGUAUGCUUCUCUUUCCCUAUCUACGUCGUUUUUGGUUUAAGCUCAGAUGGGUUGGCUUUAUUGUCUCUUCAAAGCCGCUGGACUACCCACACCCCUUUUCUCCCUGUUUGGAAUGCUUCUGAUUCCACUCCCUGUUCUUGGGCUGGGAUUGAAUGUGAUCAAAACCUUCGUGUCAUCACCUUCAAUCUCUCUUAUUAUGGGGUUUCGGGUCAGCUUGGACCCGAAAUUGCACGUUUGACCCACUUACGUACCAUUGAUUUGACCACCAAUGGUUUCUAUGGUGAAAUUCCUUAUGGGAUAGGUAACUGCAGCCAUUUAGAGUUCUUGGAUCUCUCCCUGAACCAAUUUGAUGGAGAAAUUCCUCAGUCAUUAACGCUCCUUAGGAACUUGACGUUUUUGAAUUUCCAUGACAAUGUUCUAACUGGUGCAAUACCCGACUUGUUAUUUCAAAAUCUUAAUUUGCAGUAUGUGUAUUUUAGUGAAAACAAUCUCAACGGUUCUAUCCCUUCAAAUGUGGGGAAUUUGAGGCAAGUAAUUCAUUUGUAUCUGUAUGGAAAUGAGUUUUCUGGUAUCAUACCUUCUUCCAUAGGGAAUUGUAGCCAAUUGCAGGAUCUUUAUUUGGAUCACAACCAGUUGGUGGGAAUAUUGCCCAAUAGUCUUAACAAUCUUGAUAAUCUUGUUAAUCUGGGUGUAAGCCACAACAAUCUUGAGGGUCCGGUUCCUUUGGGUUCAAGCAGUUGCAAGAGUCUAAAAUAUAUAGAUUUAUCUUUCAAUGGUUAUACAGGAGGCAUACCAGCUGGGCUAGGCAACUGUAGUCGCCUAACAACCUUAAUCAUUGUCAAUUCAAGUCUGACAGGUCAUAUUCCUUCCUCCUUUGGCCGUCUAAGUAACCUUUCUCUUCUUGAUCUCUCUAGAAAUCAACUAUCUGGUAAUAUACCUACCGAAUUCGGGGCUUGCAAAUCCUUGAAAGAACUGAAUCUGUACGUCAACCAACUUAAGGGACAUAUCCCUAGUGAAUUAGGUUUGCUAAGUGGUUUAGAGACCCUUCAAUUGUUUUCGAACCGAUUGACUGGUGAGAUUCCAAUUAGCAUCUGGAAGAUCGCAAGUCUCCAACAUAUUCUUGUGUACGACAACAAUCUUUCUGGGGAACUGCCCUUGAUAAUAACUGAACUGAAGCACCUCAAAAAUAUUUCUGUGUUCAACAACCAUUUUUCUGGUGUCAUACCUCAAAGUUUGGGACUUAACAGUAGCUUAGUGCAAGUGGAGUUCACCAAUAACCAGUUCACUGGUCAAAUUCCACCUAAUUUAUGCUCUGGAAAGACAUUAAGGGUGUUAAACUUAGGUUUGAACCAAUUUCAAGGAAACGUACCUUCCGAUAUAGGAACUUGUUUGACUCUUCAGAGAUUGAUUUUGAAAAAGAAUAAUCUAACAGGGGUUCUGCCGGAAUUUAUGAGAAAUCACAAUCUUCGAUUCCUGGAUGCCAGUGAAAAUAACAUCAAUGGAACAAUUCCCUCAAGUUUGGGAAAUUGCAUCAAUCUCACGUCCAUUAAUUUUUCCAGCAACAAACUUAAAGGCCUUAUACCUAAUGGGUUGGGAAAUCUUGUAAAUCUUCAAAGUUUGAGUUUGUCUCACAACUUCUUGGAAGGACCUUUGCCAUCUUCCCUCUCAAAUUGUACCGAACUUGAUAAGUUUGACGUAGGAUUCAAUUUAUUGAAUGGUUCUGUACCUCAUAGUUUGGCCAGCUGGAAAGUUAUAUCCACAUUGAUAAUAAAAGAGAAUCGAUUUACGGGAGGCAUCCCCAAUGUAUUAUCAGAAUUUGAAAGCCUUUCACUGCUAGAUCUUGGUGGCAAUUUGUUUGGAGGUGAAAUCCCUUCAUCUAUUGGAGCUUUGAAGAAUUUGUUUUAUUCCCUGAAUCUUAGUAACAAUGGGUUAACUGGCCAACUACCUUCUGAGCUAGCGAGUUUGGUCAUGCUACAGGAGUUGGAUAUAUCUCACAAUAUUUUGACUGGAAGUUUAACUGUUCUUGGCGAACUAAGUUCAACAUUAAUUGAGCUUAACAUUUCAGAUAAUUUCUUCACGGGUCCUGUGCCACAAACAUUAAUGAAGUUACUGAAUUCUCAUCCCUCAUCGUUCUUCGGUAACCCUGGGCUGUGCAUUAUCUGUGAUGAAAUAGCUGGCUUAAGUUGCAAUAGAAAUAAUAGUAUCAAUCCUUGUGCUGCUCAUUCAAACUCCCGUGGUAGCUCUCGUCUUGGAAAUGUACAGAUUGCAAUGGUAGCUCUCGGAUCCUCACUGUUUAUUAUUCUUCUGCUUCUUGGGUUGGUUUAUAAGUUUGUUUAUAGCAGAAGAAACAAGAAAAACAUUGAAACUGCUGCUGAAGUAGGAACAACUUCCUUGCUUGAAAAGGUAAUGGAGGCCACUGAUAAUCUAGAUGAGCGUUUCAUCAUUGGGAGAGGAGCACAUGGAGUUGUUUAUAAGGUCUCCCUGGAUUCAAAUAGAACAUUUGCAGUAAAGAAGCUUACAUUUGUAGGACGUAAAGGGGGAAAUCAGAAUAUGGUUAAAGAAAUUAGAACUGUUGGCAACAUCAAGCACCGAAACUUGAUCACUUUGGAAGACUUUUGGUUAGGAAAAGACCAUGGUCUAUUGCUUUACAGAUACUAUCCAAAUGGGAGCCUUUAUGAUGUGUUGCAUGAGAUGAAUCCAGCUCCAACUCUAACAUGGAAACUUCGCUAUGACAUAGCAAUCGGUAUUGCUCAUGGAUUGGCGUAUCUCCAUUACGAUUGUGAUCCUCCCAUAAUACACCGAGACAUCAAACCACAGAAUAUACUUCUAGAUUCGGAGAUGGAGCCUCAUAUCGCCGAUUUUGGUCUUGCAAAGCUGUUGGAUCAAACUUCUGAAUCAGCAACUUCAUCUUCUUUUGCGGGUACAAUUGGCUACAUUGCACCAGAGAAUGCGUUUUCAGCAGCAAAGAGCAAAGCCUCAGAUGUAUACAGUUAUGGGGUGGUUUUACUCGAGCUGGUAACGGGAAAGAAGCCAUCAGAUCCAUCAUUUAUGGAGGUCGGGAAUAUCAUGGCUUGGAUUCGGUCGUUUUGGAACGAGACAGAUGAAAUAGAUAGAAUUGUUGAUCCAAGGCUUGUGGAAGACCUUAUUAAUUUUGAUCAUAGAGAGCAGAUGAAGCAGGUGCUUCAUGUGGCUUUGAGAUGCACAGAAAAGGAGCCUAAUAAGAGACCUACAAUGAGAGAUAUUGUCAACCACUUGAUCGAUUCAAAGACGAGUCAUUACAGGAAAUGUGACUAACCUUGCUUCUUCUUUCUACCUCAACAUUUUUGAUAGAUGCUCAAAUUUGAUCAUGUAUUAUUAGAAUAUUAUAUUAGUCAAUAUAAUUUGUUUGAUAUUGUUAUGUUCUGGCUGUGAGGAUUAGAUUUUUUAGCGGUGGUUAGAGCUUGUUUUAUCCAGGUAUAUUUCAGUGAAGGAAAGAUUUUACUUCAGGAACAA